AAUUGUCGAUCGAAAAGAGAAUAAAACACAGAAAAUAUGGCUCAACGCAAUCACCGGGUCGAUCGAUUUGCUCAAAUGUCGAAGCAGGAGGAGAUAAUAGCCAAGAAGCGCCAGGAAAUACUCGAGAAACAACGCACAGCCCAAUUGGCCAAGGCGGUGGCUGCGGCACAAAAUUUGCAGGCGCAACUCAAGACCACAGAAGCACCACCGCCUCUGAAGACACCCCCCGUUGUAGACGAAGAAGAAGAGGAGGAGCCCCCGCUCCCGGUGGACACUCCACCGUCCUCUAUCGCGGCACCUGCCCCAACUGAAGAUGGAAAUGGCGUGGACGCGGGGAGUAGCGAGACGCCAGCUGGAAAGGGCAAAACUGAUGACGCGAUUACGCCCAAGACGCUUAACAGUUUCACCGGAAAGACUGGUAAAAUCUCAUUUGGCCUUAAGCGCCAGCAGCUUCCACAGCCCAGUGUGGAGCUACCGCCACCUAAAGUGCAGAACACAUUCUGCAAUGAUGGCUCGUUUUUGGAGAACUUUAAAAAAAUCCUCGAAAAACAUGAGAAGCCCCCGGCACCCAUGAUUAUACCCACUCCAGGGCUCAGCAAUGAUGAAAAUAACUCAGGUGGCGAGGACAACAACCCACAAAUGGACUCAAUGCCCAUUGCAAUCAGCAGCUCUGCUGGUGGCAUUGCUACCUCAAUGCCCUGCAGUAUCACUGUAACCAGCUCGGCAAGCAGUCAUCUAGCUUUUAGCAUGGCAGUGACAGCACCGCCGCCACCACCAUUCAAUCCAUUCAAUCAGACACUGAUGCCACAGGGACCACCACAAAUGCAGACUAUGCAAAUGCCUGCCUUCUUCCAUAGUCAUCUGCCCAUGCAACUGCAUCCGGCUGCCGUUGCACCACCUCCGCCACCCCCACCCCCACAGAUGCCCAUUGCCCUGACCAAUAUGGGACAAAUUUACAUGCAACUUGGACCAGGGCCCGUAGAGGGCAUGCAACUGAAUGCCAUUCCGCCGCCGAAGGACUUUGACUUAAAUGCGAUACCAAAGCCUCAAAUGAACCUGGAAGCUAUACAAAUACCCACCGUCGCUGGACAGCCGCCGGAGCAGCUUGGCCUAUUGCCGGAACAUUUAGUGGCCGCGGCGGCGGUUAAUUCACACCCACCGCCUCCACCGCCACCUUUGGAGCUGGACUUGGAAUUGGAACAGCAUCAGAAUCAGAAUCAGCUUGGAGGAUCAGUUGUACCGCCACCGCAGCCAAUACAACUUCCACAUCCACAUCCAGUGGUUGUAGAGUCACCACCAAGGCCACUGCCACAAGUUUUUUCAGAAACGUGCAUACAAUUGCCAACGUGCUUAGAAAACCUAAUCGCACUGGUCGCGGAAAAUGGUGAAGAUUAUGAAGAUAAAAUACGUUUGCAUAGAAGCGAAUUGCAUCCGGCUUUGUGGUUUCUUUAUGAUAAGAACUGCGAGCAAUAUCGAAGCUAUCGGUCCCAAAUCCUUGACUACGAGCGGCAGCGCAUUGAGCGACAGCGGGAGCGGGAACAGCAGCAACAGCAGCAGCAGCAGCUGAGCAGGGAGCAUCAUCAGCAGAAGGAGGAGCAGCAGAAGCAGCAGCCGCAACAACACCAGGAAGAGCAGAACAGCAACUCGGCGGCGGAUAAAUACGAUCCAGAGUCGGCCAUCAGUGCGGACUUUGAUUCGGACGAUGAGUAUAUGCGUGGUAUGAUGGAUCGUAAUCGGGAUAACAUUAAGCGUCGCAUCGAGUGCCGCAACGAGCUCAGCGAUGAGGAGCGUCGCGAACGUGAGGAGGCGGCAGCCGCCGGUGUCGAUGGUGAAGAACAAGAUGACCCCGAGGAAAAAGAGUCCCAGCGGCAGCGUCGAAAGCGCGAACGUAAGAGUCGCUGGGGCGAAAAGGAACAACUGCUGCCAUGUUCAACUGGAAUCCAGGGCCAGAGGAAUCUGGCAGCUAAUCUGAACAAACCCAUGCUAUCCACCAUUACGCGCACAGAUCCAGCUCUGCUGCAGUAUGCCCGCCUUAACUAUGGAUCCACCCAGCUCACCGAUGAGCAGUGGAAGCAAUGCGAGGAACACUAUAAGGUUAAUCUGUUGUACCAGGACAUGAUGCGCAAGCGUCAGGAAAUCGAUCGACUGGCACGUGGUGGAAAAUUCAAAUACGAGUACGACUCCGAUGAGGAUAUUGAGGGGGGAACGUGGGAGCACAAGCUGCGUAAUGCAGAAAUGGAGGCCACCUCGCUGUGGGCAAACGCUUUGACCAAACAGAGCGAGGGCAAGCAUCAUAUUGGCGAUUUCCUGCCGCCCGAGGAGCUCAAGAAGUUCAUGGAGCAAUACGAGGCGAAAAAGAACAACCGACAGCCAGAUCUUAGCGAUUACAAGGAAUACAAGCUCAAGGAAGACAAUAUUGGCUUUCAAAUGCUCCAGAAACUGGGCUGGAAGGAGGGACAAGGUCUGGGCCAGGAUGGUGCCGGUAUUGUAGAUCCCGUAAACAAGGCACCGCAGCGUGAUGGUAAUCAGGGACUUGGUGUCAGCAGCGCUGCUGUGCCAGAGGAUUGCGACAAUGAAUAUGAUGCAUAUAGGAAGCGCAUGAUGUUGGCCUAUCGCUUUCGACCCAAUCCACUGAAUAAUCCACGUCGUGCAUAUUACUAGAGUCCAGCCACUUACCAUCCAACCAUUACGUAACACCCCAC